GAUAUGUGGGUGUCUUGUGUGUAAGUCCCAAGGAUGUGUUUUUCCCUUUACAAACUAAGGGGCCUUAUAUAGGCUCCAAGACCCAACUAUUUGUGACAAGACACAUACCAAACUUAACUAUAGCUUACAAGAUACAUUCCUAAUUGUCAUGUAGUAAACAUGACACUUACCUAACCCAUUAAUUACAAGCAUGCUCUUCAACAGUAAAACUACUAUUGCUACAGUUACAAACCUAUUUUACACACUAAAAAAACACCGACUGUUACAGUUGAGCAGAGCUUUUGUCCAAAAGCCAACACAAACAUGGUUUUUAAAAUACAGAAGUGAUUAACUUAUAAAAAAACACUUUUGGACUUUAAAAGAGCCAACCUAAACAUGCCUUAUAAAUAUACGACACCAUCGAGCACAAUGAUAUGAGGCUAAGAUCCAGAAACUUAGAUUUGUUUCCCGCGCUCCAUGGAUUCGAGGUUGCUUGCGGCGCGGAAAUGUCUCGUUGCUUGCAAAACUCUAACCCAAGUUCUACCUUGCUCUUCCAACCAUUGGAGAUGGGAGCGCUCGUUUCACCUCCAAUCUCCAUCUCCACCAUCUUGCUCCCAAAACCCUAGUUCUAGCUCUCUCUGUGUAAUGAUCAGAUCUCGAAACCCCCCCAAAUAUUGCUCCCGAUUUCUCUCAAGUUUCUCUCAGAAAUUCCGUCGAACACCUGGUCGGCAAUCCAUUAGUGCGGGCAUUGAUCGGGAAGAAGUGAGUGAAAUCGUUGAAUUGAUUGGAAGAGACGUUGCCGACGCUGAAUCCAAGCUAAAUGGUAUGCGUUUGAGGCUCUCCGAUGCUCUUGUCUCCGAGAUUCUUCGUAUUUCCAGUGCUCGUCGCAUCCCUGUAUUGCGUUUCUUCAUUUGGGUCUUCAAAUCUCACCCUGAUUUCAAGCCCAGCGCGGCAAUGUAUAACCAAAUUGUGGAUAAUCUCGGUCGUUUGGGUGAUUAUGGUACUAUGGAUGUCUUGCUGAAUGAGCUUUCUUCAAAUGGGCAUUGCUUGACCGAAAAAGCCUUCGCUUUUCUCCAAGAAAGAGGCGAUUUUGAUGUCAAGGAAUCUACGGGAAGAGUUAUUGAAAUUCUAAAUAGAGUGGGAAGGUCUUGUCGAGGUUCUGGGAUUUACUCGUUGAUUAAAUUGUUUUGCUUGUCGAGAUCUUUUGAUCUUGCGAUGUUUGUGAUGGAGGAAACAUCUAAAUGUACAUCUUACUACAAUUUGCUUAUUGCAGCAAAAUGUAGAUAUGGUAGUUUCCAAGAUGUUCACAAUAUGUUUGAUGAAAUGAGAAGGUUUGGUUGUGAGCCUAGUACUAGUUCCUAUAACUACUUGCUCGGGAGCCUCUUCAAAAACAAGAGAUUUGUUGAGGGUUGUGAAUUGCUUCAGAGGAUGGAAGAGUUCGGUUACUGUCCAAAUCCAUUGACUUUUGAAGUGAUUGCUUUUCAUGCGUGCAAGGACAACAGGAUGGAUGUAGCAAUGGAGUUCCUUAACCGGAUGUUGGUGGAAGGGAUUAAGCCAAGAUACGCUAUGCAUGCGGCAUUCAUUAAGGGUUACUUCUUGUCUGAACGAGUUGAGGAUGCAUAUAAUUAUGUUGUAGAUAUGAGUGUGAGAGAUCAAUGCUCGAGCAACAUGAAUUACAGUUUACUUGCUAGUCUUUUUCGCAUGUCUGGGAAGGUUGUAGAAGCAGCAAGGGUACUUCAUGAGAUGAUGGAGAAGGGACUGAAACCCAAUUUUUCUAUCUAUAUUAAGGUUAUGAAGGACCUACAUAGUAUGACCAGGGGUGAUUUGGCUUUACAACUGAAACCCUUGUAUUCGAAGUUUAAUCCAAGUGUACAUAUUGGAUGAGGAUACCUUUCUGCUGUACUUUGUUGUGAAUUAUGAAGAUAUCAUUCAGUAACCAUCAUUAGGUUGUUCGAGAUUUACCUGAGUUGGCCUGCAUGAACCAAACUGUAGAUGUUGAAAGAAGGACGAAAUUGUGGUAUGAAACUGAACAUAGCUGUUGAAGCAAUGUGACAGAGAGAAACAUCAACGGCUUGCUUGGUCCUGUUGAUUGCUAUCCAAUUUAUGGAGGAUCACACUGCGUGCCAUUUUUCUCUGCGUCCUAUGGAGGAUUCCCUUCAAAU